UGCGAUUCGCUCAGCGCACAAAUGCGAUUCAAGCGACCCAUUCGGAGCCUGGUCUUGCUCGGGUUGGGCGCGCUGGCGCUCGCCUCACUGGUUUGGUGGAGUGGCAACUUGCCCAUCGAGCAGCAGCCACGAUGGCUUUCAGAGCAAGGGCCUGGGGGAGCAGGGGGAGCUGUUGACGUGGGAGGCAGCCACCACGACACUGCCGCGCUGCCCAACCUCAACCCGCUCAUCCUCAAUCACCACACCACCAAUAACAACAACAACAACAACAACAAUAAUAACAACAAUCGCAGGAUCCAGGUGCCAAACAUGAAGCGGACCAACCCGUUGCUCGCGUUGCCCGAACAAGCGCCAGCCAACAACGCCAUCCCGCCAGCGAAGCAGGUCGAAGAGGACAACCACGGUGGCAGCAGCAGCCUGCAGGCAUCGUCGUACCAGUUGCCAGAGCAUCUGCGAGAGUGGGGCGAUCCGGAGCGGCUCGGGUUUGACCUGGCGUCGUGGCUCGCGACUGGCAGCCAGCUUUAUGGCGGACCCGGCUCGGACUACUAUGGCCCAGCCGACUUUAACUACAUGGACAACUUGCUGGCACCGAUUCCCAAUGCAUUCAUUAACACGCGCGUCCAGCGACUCAUGAGGGACUGGAUGGCGCUGAACGCGACCAUGCGAACGGGCGUUGCCAGAAAGCGUAUUCUCAUGUUCCCGGGCCUGAUCGAGGGCUACCACUUUGAUGGCACUGGCAACGGCCCGAAGAGCGAGCUCGUGCAGUGGGGCGAUCUGAUCGGAGCUUGCUUGCGUGUCGGGCACCAGGUUCGCUUUGUCACAAACUUUGAGGAAGUUGCCUCCAUUCUCCGAGGUCCGGAGGAGCUGACGUACGACAUCUUUUACACGGACUAUGCUGGGUCGCGCGCCUACUACACCAUGAGCGAUAAGCACUUGCUUCGCCACCCAUGUCAGUACCGUGUGCUGGACUGCUACGGCACUGAGGAAAAGUGGAACGGCGGCAACAAGUUUGACUUUAUCUGCUGCUUCCACCUCGAUCUGCGCCAGUACUACACCUGGAUUCCCGGCAAAAUCCCCGACCGAGUCAACACGCUUCUCGGGUUUGCCGUCUUCACCAGCCCCAGCUUCAUUGCAGCUGCCGCCAGCAAGCGCGUUCUUCGCGACAAGGUCGCCUUCCUGUGGGGCAAGGAGCUCAAGUACUUUCGAUUGCCGGGUGUCCACGAGAUGAUUCUCGAGUUGUCGGCCCAGGGCUACGAGCUGCACACGACGCUGGCUCAGUACGAUGGACAGCUGCUCCAGACACACUACAAGAUCAACAACCAUGGCGUCAUGCCGUACGAUGGGUACAUUGAGCUGCUGUCGCGCUCGCGUCUCUAUGUCGGACUGGGCGACCCGCUGAUUGGCAGCUCGGCCCUCGAAGCUGUCGCCUACGGAUGCAUCUACAUCAACCCAGUCUACGACCCCGUGCGCGGCGGUCUGGACAAGCCCAACGCGUUUACCUACUCUUCGCAAGUGCCCUACCUUGAAAAGUUUGGUGCGCCCAACGUGUACACUGUCGACAUUCGCAAGAUGGACAAGUUGCGCGCCGUGCUUGCCGAGAUUGACAAGCUCGAGUACGUGCCACCGCUCGUCGCGCCGCCAUACUCCCCGCAAGCGUUCAUCGACCGUGUUACAUCCCUGAUUGAUGUCGAGCACUUUUGCGAUGCCAAGCCAUCAUCGUGAGGUCCGGGGGAUGAUGAAUUUUGUGAAUUUUGUGCUUGUUGUUUGUUUUGUCUGUUAUUUGGUGUUGUUUUGAUUGGUGCAUAAUUUUAUAUUUGAGAUCAAUCUGGAGGAAUGUAAAGCAACUAGUUGC